GCACCGGAAGCGCGCUUCCAGUCGCCCCGGCAACAGCCGCCCCCCUCGUGUCCCCAUUCCCCCUCUGUGUCUCCAAGGAAAACUAGGCCCCUGCUCGGCCAACGCCCAGGAUCCGCAAGCUGCGCGCCCACGAGCUUCACCAGCCCAUUCGGAGAAAAGUUACUGUUCAGUCCCUGAAGGCUUGUGCCAUAUAAGAGUGGGAGACAUUCCCAGGGAGGUGAGGAAUGAAAGAUCGAAUUAAAGACCAUCAAAGACCGAAGGGCAUCUAAAUCUGCAGCAACCAUCAGCUCUCUUUUCUUUAAGAGGUAUUUCGGCACCCAUUCGGACUUCCACAAUCAGAGAUGACAGCGGUGAAGGCAUCAACAUCAAAAGCUACCAGGCCUUGGUAUUCUCAUCCGGUAUAUGCAAGAUACUGGCAACAUUAUCAUCAAGCAAUGGCUUGGAUGCAAAGCCAUCACAAUGCCUACAGGAAGGCCGUGGAAUCCUGUUUCAGUCUUCCAUGGUACUUCCCUCCUGCACUUCUUCCCCAAAGCUCUUACGAUAACCAGGCUGCAUAUCCUCAGUCCUUCUAUGACCAUCAUCUGGCCUGGCAGAACUACCCCUGCAGUUCUUCACAUUUCGGAAGGUCUGGGCAGCAUCCACAUUACAGCAGUAGGAUCCAGGCAUCCACAAGAGAAGACCAAGCUUUGUCCAAAGAGGAAGAGAUGGAGACCGAGUCAGAUGCAGAGGUAGAAUGUGACCUGAGCAAUAUGGAAAUCACCGAAGAGCUCCGCCAAUACUUUGCAGAGACUGAGAGGCACAGAGAAGAACGACGGCGGCAGCAGCAGCUGGAUGCAGAGCGCCUGGACAGCUACGUAAACGCUGAUCACGACCUGUACUGCAACACCCGCCGGUCGGUAGAAGCCCCGACUGAGAGGCCUGGUGAGCGGCGCCAGGCCGAGAUGAAGCGUUUGUACGGGGACAGUGCUGCCAAGAUCCAGGCCAUGGAGGCUGCGGUACAGCUGAGCUUUGACAAGCACUGCGACCGAAAGCAACCCAAGUACUGGCCGGUCAUCCCCCUGAAGUUCUGAGCUCGGGGCACAGGCGACCCAGCCUCUCCCUCUUGCUUUUGGGUACAUGCUCUUCAUCUCUCCUUCUGUACAUUUCUUAGGGAAAGGGGACUUUGUACUGGGGCACAGGCAUGUUCACCACAGUCCCAGUGGGCCUGUCACGGGGUGGGUGUACUAUGCCAGCCACUUGGAGGUCUGCAGGACGUGUUCUGUUGCCAACAUGAUAAAUUUUCUCCUGACAUAAAAAAAUUUUGUAUAUACUAUACUGGUUUUUUAUGUUGUCGGUAACAGUUCGUUUCAUUCAAGUUCUUGCCUAGAGAUACUGCCUGGUGUUUUGCUUUUUUAUCUUUUCUUGUCUUUAAUCUGUCUGAACUACACAAAUGCCUUUAAAAAACCAGAUAUCCUCUCUGACUCUAGCUCCAUUAGCCCCCACUAAAACUGAGCCAAGUGUGUAGUGAGACAAAUACCACUUCCUCUAGUGGAGAGGGAUGCAUGUUCUAUAAAGGGCCAGAGAGUGAAUAUCUUUGGCAUUGCAGGCCACAUGGUCAGUGUUGUGACUACUCAAGUCUCCCUUUGUAGUGUGAAAGCAGCUGUAGACAGUAAGUAAACAAAUUAGUGUAGCUGUGUUCUAAUAAAACUUUAUAAAAACAGGUGGCCGGGCGCAUUGGUUCAUGCCUGUAAUCCCAGCACUUUGGGAGGCCGAGGUGGGCAGAUCAAGAGGUCAGGAGAUUGAGACCAUCCUGGCCAACAUGGUGAAACCCCGUCGCUACUAAAAUACAAAAAAGUAGCUGGGCAUGGUGGUGUGUGCCUGUAAUCCCAGCUACUUGGGAGGCUGAGGCAGGGGAAUUGCUUGAACUCGGGAGGCGGAGGUUGCAGUGAGCUGAGAUCGUGCCACUGCACUCCAGCCUAGAGACACAGCAAGACCGUCUCAAAACAAAAACAAAAACAGGCUGCAGGCCAGAUUUGGUCUACAGAUGGUAGUUUGCCAACUGCAGCUCUCAUGAAAUGAAAAUCAUCUGCCUGACAUUUUUAUUCUUGUUAUCUCAUUAUCUCUACAGAGCUUAGAUGCCAUACAGAAUUGAGAGCAAAGAACAAUAAUUCCGGCCAGGCGUGGUGGCUCAUGCCUGUAAUCCCAGCACUUUGGGAGGCCAAGGCAGGCAGAUCACGAGGUCAGGAGAUCGAGACCAUCCUGGCUAACAUGGUGAAACCCCGUCUCUACUAAAAAUACAAAAAAUUAGCCGGGCAUGGUGGCAGGUGCCUGUAGUCCCCAGCUACUCGGGAGGCUGAGGCAGGAGAAUGGCAUGAACCCGGGAGGCGGAGCUUGCAAUGAGCCGAGAUCGCGCCAUUGCAAUCCGGCCUGGGCAACAGAGUGAGACUGUCUCAAAAAAAAAAAAAAAAAAAAAGCAAACAGUAAUUCCCAAACCUGGUCACUUCUGCAGUCACCUCUGUUGUAGAAAAUGCACAGUUCUUACUAUAUACAGCAAAUAUUGAUUUGAUAAAGGAAUACAUUUCUGAAAAUGAAAUCUAAAAGCUGAUGGAGCAGGUCAUUUAUAAAAGCCAGCUGCCUUUUAAAUAAGUUACUCCACUACAUUGCGAGGGUGAGCCCAUGUUGACCUGAGAAGAUUAGCACAUCCAUCAAAGGGUGGUGAAAAGAUUUAGUAUUGACAUGUUUCUCUCUAAGAACAGUUGGCUUCACAUUCAGCCCCUGCCCUGAGACAAAUGCAUUCUUUUCAUCAGCCCUGGGUGCUUAUUUUUCUAAGCUCUCAUUUUAUUACUGGAGUCACAAUUUGUGUGUAGGUGUUGCAGACAAAAAUGAUAAUUAACUUUCCAUUGAGGUGACACAUAACUAAAAUUUCAAAUCUUUAGUUAUUUCUCCCUUUCAUUUUAAAUUCAUAUGCCUAACUGUAAAAUAACUGUGACUGAGAUACAAGUACAAACCAAAGUCUGGAAUUGCAGUAGGUGCUCAGGCACUUGAAAGUGAAAUGUUUCUCUUCACAAAGAACUCUUAUACCCUCCCCCAAAGAAAUGACCAGGCCGGUCUCACCCCUACUGGCUUUGUGACCUAAGGCUUCACCUCUCAGUGCUUCUGGUUCCUUCUUUAUUCUUGAAAUGAGUGUUAAUAACUCUCUCGUGGGAUCAUUAUGAGGACCACAUUGAGUAGUGCCUAUAAAACAGUGCUGGCUGCACGGUAAAUACUCAAUAAAUGUUGACACGUUUA